GUGACUUUCACUGAGAUUUGGCAGCGCAGCAUCUCUUCCAAUCUCCCCCACAGUGGUUUUUAUCGAUCCACUGUUUGGCUCGAAAGUGAACGUCAAGGCGAAUUAUUGACACACUUUUGUUUCAGUUUAAAGUGAAUUUUUAAACCGAUUUAUUGGGUUUGAAUCAGUGCAAGUUUUGGGGAAGUUGGAUUUUGCUAAAGUUGCCGAUUUUUCAGAAACUAAAAUAUGGUUGCCGGUCGAGUUUUGGUCUACGGAGGACGCGGAGCUCUGGGCGCCAAAUGCAUCGCCCAAUUUAAGGCGGCCAACUUUUGGGUGGCCAGCGUCGAUUUGGCCGAAAACAACGACGCCGACGUCAGCGUUUCGCUGAAAACCGGCGACAGCUUCGAGCAGCAGGAAACUUCGUUGCUGGAAGCUUUGAAGGGCCAUUUGAAGGACGAGAAGUUGGAUGGGAUUUUUUGUGUAGCAGGUGGUUGGGCAGGUGGCAACGCCACAAAAGACCUAGCGAAAAGCCUAAACUUGAUGUGGACUCAAAGCGUAUGCAGCAGCGCCAUCGCAGCAUCUCUAGCCUCCAACUACCUCAAACAAGGAGGAAUCCUACAACUUACUGGUGCCAAAGCUGCUUUGGACGCUACACCCGGCAUGAUUGGUUAUGGUGUUGCCAAAGCAGCAGUUCAUCAUCUCACAAAAUCAUUGGCGGGUAAAGACAGCGGACUCCCAUCGGACAGUACUGUUCUGGCUAUUUUGCCAAUCACCCUCGAUACGCCUAUGAAUCGGAAAUGGAUGCCCAAAGCUGAUUUUUCCACUUGGACGCCCCUGGAAUUCAUAGCUGAUUUGUUUGUUAAAUGGACCAAAGGUGGCGAUCGGCCAGUUUCUGGCAGUUUGCUUCAGCUGGUUACCAAAGAUUCUCAAACCAGCUUAAUUCCAGCUUGAAUGUUUUGAUAAUAAUGAUGUUGUGGGGUCCAAUUGGAGUUAUUAUAAUAAAUGUUGCAAUUUGUAUUUAUUUGUUACGUUAAUAAAUGGCUUGAUGCAUUAUUAGG